AUGGCGACGCCAUUUCCCGGUCUCCAGCACCGAGACGGAGGUGGAGGUGUGGCAGUAAUGGCGGGCACAGUGAACCCCAUCGACCCCUCACCAUCGCAGGCAUGCGUGGAGAACAACCCGGACCUCAAGCCACCGAUUUUAAUCUUCUUGUUCUUCCACAAGGCCAUCCGCUCCGACCUCGAGGGGCUCCAUCGUGCCGCCAUGGCUUUCGCUACUGGCGGUGGCGAUAUCAAGCCCUUGUUGGUGCGCUACCACUUUCUACGAGCCAUUUACAAGCACCACUGCAAUGCGGAGGACGAGGUCAUCUUUCCAGCUCUUGAUAUACGUGUGAAGAAUAUUGCUCGAACUUAUUCCCUGGAACACGAGGGAGAAAGUAUUCUUUUUGAUCAGUUGUUUGAGCUGCUAAUGUCGAAUUUGCAAAAUGAAGAAAGCUAUAGAAGAGAGUUAGCCUGUUGUACUGGAGCCCUUCAAACAUCAAUUAGCCAGCAUAUGUCCAAGGAAGAGGAACAGGUUUUCCCCUUGCUCAUUGAGAAGUUUUCAUUUGAAGAGCAGGCCACUUUGGUAUGGCAGUUUCUUUGCAGCAUUCCUGUCAACAUGAUGGCCGAAUUUCUUCCAUGGCUUUCUUCCUCUAUAUCCUUUGAUGAACGUCAGGAUAUGCGCAAAUGUUUGUGCAAGAUAAUCCCAGAAGAGAAACUUCUCCAACAGGUUGUAUUUGCCUGGAUUGAAGGUGAAAUUCAUGAAAGUUACAAAAGUAAUCUCAAGGUCGGAUGUCAAGAUUCUGAAGCUAGCACCUUUAAUGGUCAAAAUGAGCAGGGGCAGUGUGCAUGUGAAUCUUCCAAAACCGUGAAAAGAAAGCAUAUGGAGCCAGAUUUUGACCAUACCAAAUCCAGUGUGCCUUGUCCUAUAGAUGAAAUAUUGAUUUGGCAUAAUGCUAUAAAAAGAGAGUUGAACGAUAUAGCUGAGGCAGCUAGGAAGAUCCAAAUUUCUGGAGAUUUUUCUGAUCUCCUUGCAUUCAACAAGAGCCUGCAAUUCAUUGCGGAAGUCUGCAUCUUUCACAGCAUCGCUGAGGACAAAAUUAUAUUCCCUGCUGUAGAUGCAGAACUCUCUUUUGCUCAGGAGCAUGCAGAAGAAAAAAUUCAAUUUGACAAGCUUAGGUGCCUGAUAGAAAGCAUCCAAAGUGCUGAAGCCAAUUCAACUUCUGCUGAAUUUUUUACGAAGUUGUGCUCACAUGCUGAUCAAAUAAUGAACUCCAUACAGAAGCACUUCCAUGACGAGGAAGUUCAGGUUCUUCCACUUGCUCGAAAGCAUUUUAGCCACAAAAGACAGCGGGAACUUCUAUAUCAGAGCUUAUGUGUGAUGCCCUUGAAAUUGAUUGAGUGCGUCUUACCAUGGCUGGUAGGAUCAGUCAGUGAUCAAGAAGCUAGGUCUCUUCUCCAUAAUAUGUAUUUGGCAGCUCCAGCAUCAGAUUCUGCACUAGUCACACUUUUUUCAGGCUGGGCAUGCAAAGGUCGUUCAAGGAAUGUUUGCUUGGCCUUGAGUGCAAUGAGUUGCUGCUCUGCUAGAGUACUGACUGGAACCGAAGAAUAUGUUAGCCAACAACUUUGUGCAUGUGCCUCUUUAUCUUCUGCCACGGAAAAGCCUCCAAUUACUCAAGAAGAAGAUGACAACAGAAGGCCAGUCAAACGUGGAACCACAAAACCAGGGGAGGACAGUGGUGCUUGCUACUCAACAGGAGCUCUAAACGUUAAAUUAUCUUGCAGCAAUCAGUCUUGCUGUGUCCCUGGGUUAGGAGUGAAUGGCAAUAAUCUAGGAGCCAGCUCUUUAGCGGCAGCAAAGUCUCUGCGCUCCCUUUCUUUUAGUCCUUCUGCUCCUUCCCUCAACUCCAGUCUUUUUAACUGGGAAAUAGAUACAGCCUUUGCAAAUACUGGAUCUGCAACACGACCCAUUGAUAACAUAUUUAAAUUUCAUAAAGCCAUUCGCAAAGACUUGGAGUAUUUGGAUGGUGAAUCUGGAAAGCUUAAUGAUUGCAAUGAGACCUUUCUUAGGCAGUUUACUGGCAGAUUCCGUUUGUUGUGGGGUUUAUAUAGAGCUCAUAGUAAUGCAGAGGAUGAUAUAGUAUUUCCAGCAUUGGAAUCGAAAGAGACUCUUCAUAAUGUGAGCCACUCAUAUACUCUGGACCACAAACAGGAAGAGAAACUGUUUAAGGAUAUUUCUUCUGCACUUUCUGAGCUCACACAAUUGCAUGAAUGCUUGAACGGUCAAAAUUUAGCCGAUCUUUUAACUGUAAGAAACUUUGACCCUUCUGGCCACGAUGAUACCAUGAGAAAGUAUGAUGAGCUCUCAACUAAGCUUCAGGGCAUGUGCAAAUCCAUUAGAGUGACAUUGGAUCAUCAUGUUUUCCGGGAAGAACUUGAAUUGUGGCCAUUGUUUGACAGACAUUUUUCAGUGGAAGAACAGGACAAAAUUGUAGGUAGAAUAAUUGGUACUACAGGUGCAGAGGUCCUUCAAUCAAUGUUGCCAUGGGUAACUUCUGCCCUUACUCAGGAGGAGCAAAAUAAAAUGAUGGACACGUGGAAGCAUGCAACUAAAAAUACAAUGUUUAGUGAGUGGCUUAAUGAAUGGUGGGAAGGUGCUGCUGCAUCUCCACAUACUACAUCUGGAAGUAGCAUUUCACUAGGCACUGAUGUUUAUGAAAGCUUGGACCACAGUGAUCUCAAUUUCAAGCCUGGAUGGAAAGAUAUCUUUAGGAUGAAUCAAAAUGAGCUUGAAUCUGAAAUAAGAAGAGUUUCUCAGGACUCAACUCUUGAUCCAAGAAGAAAAGCAUAUCUUAUUCAAAAUCUUAUGACCAGUCGGUGGAUAGCAUAUCAGCAGAAGUUACUUCAGGAAACAGCAGGUGAAAGUUCAAAUUGUGAAGAUUUACUUGAUUGUUCUGCGUCAUAUCGUGAUUCAGAGAAAAAAAUUUUCGGGUGUGAGCAUUACAGAAGAAAUUGCAAACUCCUUGCUUCUUGCUGUAGCAAGUUAUUUACGUGCAGAUUCUGCCACGAUAAAGUCAGUGACCAUUCAAUGGAUCGGAAGACCACAACUGAAAUGAUGUGUAUGAAGUGCUUGAAAAUUCAACCUGUUGGACCAGUUUGCUCAACUCCUUCCUGUGAAGGACUCUCUAUGGCAAAGUACUAUUGCGGUAUUUGCAAAUUUUUUGAUGAUGAAAGGACAGUUUAUCAUUGUCCUUUCUGCAAUUUGUGCCGUCUUGGUAAGGGACUUGGUAUCGAUUUCUUUCAUUGCAUGACGUGCAAUUGUUGCUUGGGAAUAAAAUUAGAAGAUCACAAGUGCCGGGAGAAAGGUUUGGAAACAAACUGUCCCAUUUGCUGUGAUUUUUUGUUUACUUCAAGUGCAACUGUCCGAGCGCUUCCAUGCGGCCAUUUUAUGCAUUCGGCUUGCUUCCAGGCAUACACUUGCAGCCACUAUGUUUGCCCCAUCUGUAGCAAAUCUUUGGGAGAUAUGGCGGUUUACUUUGGCAUGCUUGACGCCCUAUUGGCUUCGAAGGAACUCCCAGAAGAAUUCAGGGAUCGCUGCCAGGAGAUACUAUGUAAUGACUGUGAUAAGAAGGGGACCGCACCCUUCCACUGGCUAUACCACAAGUGUGGGUCUUGCGGAUCCUAUAAUACCAGGGUAAUCAAGGUUGAUUCCAGUUCUUACUGUUCAACAUCAAACUAA